AUGGAUAAAAACAGUUUGGACAGACUUCUUUAUAAGCAGGUCGUGUGGUGGGCUGUCUGCUCCCCUCAGCGGGUCCAUCAGGAGGAGUCCCCUGCUCUCUCUGCUCCCUCUUCUCCCUCUGCUCUCUCUCCUCCCUCUGCUCUCUCUGCUCCCUCUCCUCCCUCUGCUCUCACUGCUCCCUCUGCUCCCUCUGCUCCUUCUGCUCUCUCUGCUCCCUCUCCUCCCUCUGCUCUCACUGCUCCCUCUGCUCCUUCUGCUCUCUCUGCUCCCUCUCCUCCCUCUGCUCUCACUGCUCCCUCUGCUCCCUCUGCUCCUUCUGCUCUCUCUCUGCUCCCUCUCCUCCCUCUGCUAUCACUGCUCCCUCUGCUCCUUCUGCUCUCUCUGCUCCCUCUGCUCCCUCUGCUCCCUCUGCUCUCUCUGUUCCUUCUGCUCCCUCUGCUCCUUCUGCUCCCUCUGCUCCCUCUUCUCCUUCUGCUCCUGCUGUUUUGUACAUGUGUAAAAUCACCAACACUGACUUGGGACAAUGGAGUCAUGGAGUAA